AUGUACACUCGUUCACUACUUCCCACCAAUCGAAAAAGCAUUCGAUUGGUGGAGGCAUGUGAUAGUGGGAGUUUCCACCAUAUUUCUUAUACCAGUCAUUUCCUUUCAGUGAAGGGACGUGAACAAGUGCACACUUGGGAGGAAGGAGAGAUAAUUGGGAGGUAGCCAUGAUGGUAACAUUUUGUGAAUCUGAUACCAUGUUAGACCUGUUUAUCUGAUGGGCUCUCAGAUUUUGUUUCUCCCCUCUUCCUCUCUCCUCAGGAAUACAUGGAAGACCAGAAAUACCGGGAUGAGGAGGACCUCCCAGAAAAACUAGAUUCCUUUAAAAGUAAGUCAUUCUGCCAGGAAAGACCUACCCGGCCUGGAAUAUCUGAUGUAUCACUGUCCCAAUUUAGGUCUGAAUCACAGAGGGGUGUGAGUAAGUUGUGUCUGUGGGUUGCCUGUGGGAGUGUGUACCAUAUGUCAAUGUGUUUAUGUGCUGCCAUCUCAUUACUGUGUAAGUGUGGUUACGUGUGGGAUUGCAUGGUGUUUCAUUCCAUAUCUACUUGAAAAUGCAAACUAACCACAUGAUAAUGUAGUCGGUUAUUGUUCAUCUUUUAAUUUUGUGUCUGUUUUUUAGUGUGCGUCUGUCUGUUCUGUCCUGAUUUCUAAGUGCGUUGUGAGGCCAGGUGGGUCCACAGCGGUCCAGACAGCAGGAAUGUGGCUGCUCCUCCUCUCCUCUGGCUAUUGUUGUAAUUCUAGGGCUCUGGGGGAACAUGUGGUUUUAGAGAUUAUAUUAACAUCUGAAACCAGGACCAGAUGAACUACUACAGGGCUCUACAGGACCAGAUGAACUACUACAUUUUUCAAUUUAGGCACACAUGUGCUCCUUGUACAAAAGGUCAGCGUAGAGCCCUGUACCAUAUCACAGCAUUGAGACUGAGGCUUACCUCAGACUCCCCCAGAUUCCUGCCAUAUUACUGUCUACAAUAAGUGUGUGUGUGUUCAGGGUUCUCCCCGAAUAAUUUUAAAGGGGUGCUGCACAACCUUGUGAACUGGCUGCACCACAAAACAAAAAUGUGUGUGUGUGUGUGUGUGUGUAUAUAUAUAUAUAUAUAUAUAUAUAUAUAUAUAUAUAUAUAUAUAUAUAUAUAUAUAUAUACAGUGGGGAGAACAAGUAUUUGAUACACUGCCGAUUUUGCAGGUUUUCCUACUUACAAAGCAUGUAGAGGUCUGUAAUUUUUAUCAUAGGUACACUUCAACUGUGAGAGAUGGAAUCUAAAAUAGAAAUCCAGAAAAUCGCAUUGUAUGAUUUUAAAGUAAUUAAUCUGCAUUUUAUUGCAUGACAUAAGUAUUUGAUCACCUACCAACCAGUAAGAAUUCCGGCUUUCACAGACCUGUUAGUUUUUCUAUAAGAAGCCCUCCUGUUCUCCACUCAUUACCUGUAUUAACUGCACCUGUUUUGAACUCUUUACCUUUAUAAAAGACACCUGUCCACACACUCAAUCAAACAGAAUCCAACCUCUCCACAAUGGCCAAGACCAGAGAGCUGUGUAAGGACAUCAGGGAUAAAAUUGUAGACCUGCACAAGGCUGGGAUGGGCUACAGGACAAUAGGCAAGCAGCUUGGUGAGAAGGCAACAACUGUUGGCGCAAUUAUUAGAACAUGGAAGAAGUUCAAGAUGACGGUCAAUCACCCUCGGUCUGGGGCUCCAUGCAAGAUCUCACCUCGUGGGGCAUCAAUGAUCAUGAGGAAGGUGAGGGAUCAGCCCAGAACUACACGGCAGGACCUGGUCAAUGACCUGAAGAGAGCUGGGACCACAGUCUCAAAGAAAACCAUUAGUAACACACUACGCCGUCAUGGAUUAAAAUCCUGCAGCGCACGCAAGGUCCCCCUGCUCAAGCCAGCGCAUGUCCAGGCCCGUCUGAAGUUUGCCAGUGACCAUCUGGAUGAUCCAGAGGAGGAAUGGGAGAAGGUCAUGUGGUCUGAUGAGACAAAAAUAUAGCUUUUUGGUCUAAACUCCACUCACCGUGUUUGGAGGAAGAAGAAGGAUGAGUACAACCCCAAGAACACCAUCCCAACCGUGAAGCACGGAGGUGGAAACAUCAUUCUUUGGGGAUGCUUUUCUGCAAAGGGGACAGGACGACUGCACCGUAUUGAGGGGAGGAUGGAUGGGGCCAUGUAUCGCGAGAUCUUGGCCAACAACCUCCUUCCCUCAGUAAGAGCAUUGAAGAUGGGUCGUGGCUGGGUCUUCCAGCAUGACAACGACCCGAAACACACAGCCAGGGCAACUAAGGAGUGGCUCUGUAAGAAACAUCUCAAGGUCCUGGAGUGGCCUAGCCAGUCUCCAGACCUAAACCCAAUAGAAAAAUCUUUGGAGGGAGCUGAAAGUCCGUAUUGCCCAGCGACAGCCCCGAAACCUGAAGGAUCUGGAGAAGGUAUGUAUGGAGGAGUGGGCCAAAAUCCCUGCUGCAGUGUGUGCAAACCUGGUCAAGACCUACAGGAAAUGUAUGAUCUCUGUAAUUGCACACAAAGGUUUCUGUACCAAAUAUUAAGUUCUGCUUUUCUGAUGUAUCAAAAUACUUAUGUCAUGCAAUAAAAUGCAAAUUAAUUACUUAAAAAUCAUACAAUGUGAUUUUCUGGAUUUUUGUUUUAGAUUCCGUCUCUCACAGUUGAAGUGUACCUAUGAUAAAAAUUACAGACCUCUACAUGCUUUGUAAGUAGGAAAACCUGCAAAAUCGGCAGUGUAUCAAAUACUUGUUCUCCCCACUGUAUAUAUACACUGCUCAAAAAAAUAAAGGGAACACUUAAACAACACAAUGUAACUCCAAGUCAAUCACACUUCUGUGAAAUCAAACUGUCCACUUAGGAAGCAACACUGAUUGACAAUAAAUUUCACAUGCUGUUGUGCAAAUGGAAUAGACAACAGGUGGAAAUUAUAGGCAAUUAGCAAGACACCCCCAAUAAAGAAGUGGUUCUGCAGGUGGUGACCACAGACCACUUCUCAGUUCCUAUGCUUCCUGGCUGAUGUUUUGGUCACUUUUGAAUGCUGGCGGUGCUUUCACUCUAGUGGUAGCAUGAGACGGAGUCUACAACCCACACAAGUGGCUCAGGUAGUGCAGCUCAUCCAGGAUGGCACAUCAAUGCUUGCUGUGGCAAGAAGGUUUGCUUUGUCUGUCAGCGUAGUGUCCAGAGCAUGGAGGCGCUACCAGGAGACAGGCCAGUACAUCAGGAGACGUGGAGGAGGCUGUAGGAGGGCAACAACCCAGCAGCAGGACCGCUACCUCUGCCUUUGUGCAAGGAGGAGCAGGAGGAGCACUGCCAGAGCCCUGCAAAAUGACCUCCAGCAGGCCACAAAUGUGCAUGUGUCUGCUCAAACGGUCAGAAACAGACUCCAUGAGGGUGGUAUGAGGGCCCGACGUCCACAGGAGGGGGUUGUGCUUACAGCCCAACACCGUGCAGGACGUUUGGCAUUUGCCAGAGAACACCAAGAUUGGCAAAUUCGCCACUGGCGCCCUGUGCUCACAGAUGAAAGCAGGUUCACACUGAGCACAUGUGACAGACGUGACAGAGUCUGGAGACGCCUUGGAGAACGUUCUGCUGCCUGCAACAUCCUCCAGCAUGACCGGUUUGGCGGUGGGUCAGUCAUGGUGUGGGGUGGCAUUUCUUUGGGGGGCCGCACAGCCCUCCAUGUGCUCGCCAGAGGUAGCCUGACUGCCAUUAGGUACCGAGAUGAGAUCCUCAGACCCCUUGUGAGACCAUAUGCUGGUGCGGUUGGCCCUGGGUUCCUCCUAAUGCAAGACAAUGCUAGACCUCAUGUGGCUGGAGUGUGUCAGCAGUUCCUGCAAGAGGAAGGCAUUGAUGCUAUGGACUGGCCCGCCCGUUCCCCAGACCUGAAUCCAAUUGAGCACAUCUGGGACAUCAUGUCUCGCUCCAUCCACCAACGCCACGUUGCACCACAGACUGUCCAGGAGUUGGCGGAUGCUUUAGUCCAGGUCUGGGAGGAGAUCCCUCAGGAGACCAUCGGCCACCUCAUCAGGAGCAUGCCCAGGCGUUGUAGGGAGGUCAUACAGGCACGUGGAGGCCACACACACUACUGAGCCUCAUUUUGACUUGUUUUAAGGACAUUACAUCAAAGUUGGAUCAGCCUGUAGUGUGGUUUUCCACUUUAAUUUUGAGGGUGACUCCAAAUCCAGACCUCCAUGGGUUGAUACAUUUGAUUUCCAUUGAUAGUUUUUGUGUGAUUUUGUUGUCAGCACAUUCAACUAUGUAAAGGAAAAAGUAUUUAAAAAUAUUAUUUCAUUCAUUCAGAUCUAGGAUGUGUUGUUUAAGUGUUCCCUUUAUUUUUUUGAGCAGUGUAUAUAAAUAUAUAUAUAUAUAUAUAUAUAUAUAUAUAUAUAUAUAUAUACAGUACCAGUCAAAAGUUUGGACACACCUACUCAUUCAAGGGUUUUUCUUUAUUUUUACUAUUUUCUACAUUGUAGAAUAAUAGUGAAGACAUCAAAACUAUGAAAUAACACAUAUGGAAUCAUGUAGUAACCAAAAAAGUGUUAAACAAAUCAAAAAAUAUUUUAUAUUUGAGAUUCUUCAAAUAGCCACCCUUUGCCUUGAUGACAGCUUUGCACACUCUUGGCAUUCUCUCAACCAGCUUCACCUGGAAUGCUUUUCCAACAGUUUUGAAGGAGUUCCCACAUAUGCUGAGCACUUGUUGGCUGCUUUUCCUUCACUCUGCCGUCCAACUCAUCCCAAACCAUCUCAACUGGGUUGAUGUCGGGGAUUGUGAAGGCCAGGUCAUCUGAUGCAGCAUUCCAUCACUCUCCUUCUUGGUAAAAUAGCCCUUACACAGCCUGGAAGUGUGUUGGGUUAUUGUCCUGUUGAAAAACAAAUUAUAUUCCCACUAAGCCCAAACCAGAUGGGAUGGCGUGUCGCUGCAGAAUUCUGUGGUACCCAUGCUGGUUAAGUGUGCCUUGAAUUCUAAAUUAAUCACAGACAGUGUCACCAACAAAGCACCCCCACACCAUCACCUCCUCCUCCAUGCUUUACGGUGGGAACUACACAUGCGGCAAUCAUCCGUUCACCCACACCGCAUCUUACAAAGACAUGGCGGUUGGAACCAAAAAUCUCAUUUUUGGUCUCCAGACCAAAGGACAGAUUAUUCUACAAUGUAGAAAAUAGUAAAAAAUAAAGAAAAACCCUUGAAUGAGUAGGUGUGUCCAAACUUUUGACUUGUACUGUAUAUAUGUACAGUGCAUUCGGAAAGUAUAUUGACCCCUUGACUUUUUCCACGUUUUGUUACGUUACAGCCUUAUUCUAAUGGAUUACAUUGGGUUUUUUUUCCUUCAUCAAUCUACACACAAUACCCCAUAAUGACAAAGUGAAAACAGGUUUUUAGAAAUCUUUGAAAAUUUAUAAAACAUUUAAAACAAAUACCUUAUUUACAUAAUUAUUCAGACCCUUUGAAAUUGAGCUCAGGUUCAUCCUGUUUCCAUUGAUCAUCCUUGAGAUGUCUCUACAAGUUGAUUGGAGUCCACCUGUGGUAAAUGUAAUUGAUUGGACAAGAUUUGGAAAGGUACACACCUGUCUAUAUAAGGUCCCACAGUUGACAGUGCAUGUCAGAGCAAAAACCAAGCAAUGAGGUCGAAGGAAUUGUCCGUAGAGCUCUGAGACAGGAUUGUGUCUAGGCACAGAUCUGGGGAAGGGUAGCAAGAAAUGUCUGCAGCAUUGAAGGUCCCCAAGAACACAGUGGCCUCCAUCAUUCUUAAAUGAAAGAAGUUUGGAACCACCAAGACUCUUCCUAGAGCUGGCCGCCCGGCCAAACUGAGCAAUCGGGGAAGAAGGGCCUUGGUCAGGGAGGUGACCAAGAACCCGAUGGUCACUCUGACAGAGCUCCAGAGUUCCUCUGUGGAGAUGGGAGAACCUUCCAGAAGGACAACCAUCUCUGCAGCACUCCACCAAUCAGGCCUUUAUGGUAGAGUGGCCAGACGGAAGCCACUCCUCAGUAAAAGGCACAGGACAGCUCGCUUGGAGUUUGCCAAAAGUCACCUAAAGGACUCUCAGACCAUGAGAAACAAGAUUCUCGGGUCUGAUGAAACCAAGAUUGAACUCUUUGGCCUGAAUGCCAAGCGUCACGUCAGGAGGAAACCUGGCACCAUCCCUACGGUGAAGCAUGGUGGUGGCAGCAUCAUGUUGUGGGGAUGUUUUUCAGCGGCAGGGACUGGGAGACUAGUCAGGAUCGAGGGAAAGAUGAACGAAGCAAAGUACAGAGAUCCUUGAUGAAAACCUGCACCAGAGCGCUCAGGACCAGCGACGCUCCUCAUCCAAACUGAGAGAGCUUGAGAGGAUCUGCAGAGAAGAAUGGGAGAAACUCCCCAAAUACAGGUGUGCCAAGCUUAUAGCGUCAUACCCAAGAAGGCUGUAAUUGCUGCCAAAGGUGCUUCAACAAAGUACUGAGUAAGGGGUCUGAAUACUUAUGUAAAUGUUUUUCAGUUUUGUUAUUGAUACAUUUGCAAACUAUUUUUGCUUUGUCAUUAUGGGGUAUUUUGUGCAGAUUGAUGUGGAAAAAAACAUUUUAAUUCAACUUUAUUUUGUUAUCAUUUAAGGCCAGGCACCACACCCUAAUAUAUUAUUAUUUGCUCUAGAUUGCAGGGAAUGGCAGUUACAGGUGUUCAAAAACGAGUCCAAAGGGGGUCACUCUUCCUGAGGAGAACCCUGGUGUGUGUGUGUCAUCAUUCAAGGACAGGUCUGAAAGUAUGAGAGUUGCAGUAGUGCUCUGUGUGUGUGUUUUACAUGUAAGUCCUAAGAUUAUAAACAUAGGCAUAUAGCAGAGGAGGCUGGCGGGAUGAGCUAUAGGAGGACAGGCUCAUUGUAAUGGCUGGAAUGGAAUGAUUGGAAUGGUACCAAACACAUCAAGCACAUUGAAACAACAUGUUUGACUCCGUUCCAUUGACUCCAUUCCAGCCAUUAUGAUGAGCCUGUCCUCCUUUAGCUCCUCCCACAAGCCUUAUCUGGCCAAUAGGAGAACUAUAUAGAGCCCUGGUGCUGUAUGUAUUUCUCAUACAGCAAAUGUUUGAAGGUAUUGUUCCCAUUCGAGAGCGGGCGAGAAUUAGUAAAGAGCAAGGACACAAGACGUUAUUGUUUUGGGAAAGAAUGACAGGAGUCUCUCAUGUAGCAUCCCACUCUGUCUCAGCUGAGGCCUCAAUCCAACAGCCCCACGCCCCAGAGGCUCCAGGGGUUGAUGCGUGUAUCACACAAAUAUGUCUGUCAGAGCAAACUCCUGACCAUGGAGAGAAGAGAGAGAGAGAAGGAGAGAGUGAGACAAUGUGUGAUUGUCAGUCCUUGCCCUUUAUGCUCACAGCAAAGACGGAUGGAUGGUUGAUUGACAGAGCGCUUCAGGAGAAGAGGCCCACUCACAAAGCAGUGUGUAGGUAGCAGGCGGGAACAGGAGAGGGGCCCUCUCCUUAGAGUUCACAAACAGGGUCAGCAUUGUCCCACAACUUCACCCUCACCCCCCCCACACACACGGUGACAGAGUUCCACAACUCAAGGCCUCACACACAAACACAGAGGCUCCAUUGUGACAGGGGAAACAGCUAGGCCUAAUCCAGAAAUCUGACUAAUUACAGAGUACCAGAGAGAGAGAGAGAGAGUUCCAGAGAGAGAGAGAGAGAGUUCCAGAGAGAGUUCCAGAGAGAGAGAGAGAGAGAGAGAGAGAGAGAGAGAGAGAGAGAGAGAGAGGUUUUUAUCUCCACAACAAGACUUUCGUGAAGGAUCUGAACUACAUCAUAACAGUAUUGCCCAAACUGUAGGUCAAAUGAGAGGAUCUGUUCAUUGCCAUUAGGCCAGGACCAUCUUUUUUCCUCGCUGCCCUGUCUGACCCUAGCCUGCCAAUGCGAGACACACCUGCUAUGACCAGCUGUCUGUGGGUGUGUUAAGCAACGUUUUUUUUUUCUACUCUCUCCCUAAUGCGUUCUGUUCGUGUGUGUUAUUAAAGGGCCCUUACCUUUGUUAGGUGUUCCAUUGAGGCACCUCAACCCUCCUUAUUUAGUCUUCUGUGUGUUAACCAUGCAAGCUAACCAUGCAGUUUUGUGUUGAUUUGUUUUGCAGACAAAUAUGCAGAGUUUGACCUGAAUGACCAGGGAGAGAUUGGUGAGUAGUGGAAACGGCAAGCAGCCAGGUGCUCAACAGUGAUAUCCAACUACAGUGCUUUGUGUGUGUAAUCACUGAGCAGUAGUCAAGACCUCCGUGUGUUGUGGGUAUGGGAUGAACCAGAGGUCAAUGAGGGCUUCAUGUGUCGCUAUUGUGUCUCACUAGAAAGGUGAUACUGUAUUUGGCCUACUGGCCUUGAAAACAGGUGUCAGAUAAGCGUGCGUUUGGCUGCUUGUGUGAGUGUGUUUGCCAGGUGUUGUGUGUGUGUGUGUGUGUGUGUUGUGUGUGUGUGUUAACCAUUCUCCUCCUGUGUGGGUGUCUCCCUGCAGAUAUGAUGGGGAUGAAGCGGAUGAUGGAGAAGCUGGGUGUUCCUAAGACCCACCUGGAGAUGAAGAAGAUGAUCUCCGAGGUGACCGAAGGCAACAGCGACAGCAUCAACUACAGAGACUUCGUCAAGAUGAUGCUGGGCAAGCGCUCGGCCGUCCUCAAACUGUGA